GGAUACAGGAUCUCCACAUCAAACCCCAAACCCACCAAAUCGCCCCCUUUCUCCCCCAACAAUGGCGAUCGCCGGACUCCAACGGAUCUCAUCCAAACUCAUCCGCAACCCUACCCUCACCAUCAUCUCCCGCUCAUCCGCAACCACCACAUCUUCAUCCGCCAAAGUCUCCGACCGAAUCGUCAAACUCAUCGCCUACGAUUUCGACGGCCAGAAACGCGAGAUCGUCGGUCUCUCCGGUCAAACUCUCCUCAAAGCCUUAACUAACCACAACCUCAUCGAUCCAGCUUCUCAUCGGUUAGAAGACAUCGACGCUUGUUCCGCUGAAUGCGAGGUUAAUAUUGCUGAAGAGUGGCUCGGGAAGCUGCCACCAGCGAGUUAUGACGAGCAGUAUGUGUUGAAGAGGAAUGCGAGGCAUCGGAUAUUGAAUAAGCAUUCGAGGCUCGGGUGUCAGGUUGUGCUUACGCAGGAGAUGCAGGGGAUGGUUGUGGCGGUUCCUGAACCUAAGCCUUGGGAUACUCCGUAAUUUUGGUUGGUGAGUUGUGGUUGCUAAAUUGAAUAAGGUUCGGUUUCGGUAUCGGUUCUGAAUUGUACUUUUAUGUUUUGUUAUUGCAACUUUUGAUUACUUUUGGUGUAAUUGACAAUGGUGAGUUGGUGUAAGUUGACUCUUGUUGUUAACAUUUGGAUGGUUACGAAUAAUUUGAUUUUGAUUCGGUAUGAUAUGCAUACUAAUUGAUAA